GCAGGCUCCGGGUGUCUGCACCUCGCUCUCUGUCAGUUUCCUGCGGGCUCCGCUCGCUGCUCUCCCGGUGCCCUCAUGUCGUUCCCGUCAGAGCUGCCCCCACCGGGGUACAGCCGGCAGCGUGGAGCGGCGACAAGCGGGGAGAGGAGGGGGUGAGGUUACCCCUGCACCCCCAGUCUUCUGCGGCUCACAGGUCUGCGCUACAGCACCCCGGCGGUGGGGGGCGCUCUCCCCUAAGCGGCAAUGUAUUUAUUAGACCCCGCGCCCCCGCCGAUGGAGCGGGGCACCCCGCAAAGGAAGACGGUGUAUCGGAUCUCUCUGACUCUGGUGAAGAAGGAGCAGCUGGAGGACACACGGCUGGAGAGGUGCCCGGAGGAGGAGGAAGGGGGAGAGGAGCAGGACACCUUCCCCCCGCCGCAUCAGGGACUCAGGAAUUUCAGAACCCGGAGCACUGGGCAGCUGGAGCUAGGGCGACUCCGGGUCACCCGGGCAUCACCCAGAUCAAGCUGUGGGGAGACCGCUAAGGACAAGACCCCCAGCCCUGCAGGGGCUGCACUGGACAGGGUAUCGCCGGUCCCGGAGUCUCCAUGGGACCAGAGUGCAGGGAGCACCCCACCUGAUGCUGCCCAGGGGCCCCCUAGUGCCCCUCUGGAUUACAAUGUGCCACACACAUGCCCUAUGGAGGAGGCCUCUCCAGCCCUCUCUAAAACUGGGGACUGGGCUAAGGCUGGAGCAGAGGGGGCCUGGGACCGGAGACACCCCAGCCUCCUGAGGAGAAGCUUCAGCUUCAGACACUGGAAUGGAGAACUGCUGAGGAUCAGGAGCCUGACCAGGGAGAAGCAUCACAGCAGCUCCAGCUGCCUGACCCCCCAGAGGGUAGAGGAGACUGGGGAGGCAGUGCCCGGCAGCAGCCCAUGCCCAGCAGAGAAGAGGAACACCUUGGACGUGGGCGAAGUGUUGAACAAGACCGACCCCCUGUCUGAUCUGGAGAGAUGGGAGAGGAGCAAGGGCAAGAACAGGACCCUGGAUAAUAGUGAUCUGCACAAGCUCUCUGAGCAGAUGGAGAUGGACAGGAGAGGGCAGGAGAAGAGGCUACUCAGGUUCUUCAGUGGCAUCUUCUCCAGGAAGGACGGCGCCCCGGUGUCCUUCACUAGUCCUGGGGGCCGCUCACCCAGGGCCAGUUACUCUAGGUCAAGGAGCUACUUCAGCAGCUUAAAAAGACCUGCAGUGGAUAAUGUCCAGUCCAGCUCUGAGAGCGUCAACGGAUCCCCUUAUAAAGAUGCCUUUGUAAAUAGUCAGGAAUGGACGCUAAGCCGAGCCGUGCCGGAGCUCAAAGUGGGCAUUGUGGGAAAUCUAGCCAGUGGGAAGUCAGCAUUGGUUCAUCGGUAUCUCACGGGUACUUAUGUUCAAGAAGAGUCCCCUGAAGGUGGCAGGUUCAAGAAGGAGAUUGUGGUGGAUGGCCAGAGCUACCUCCUACUGAUCCGGGAUGAGGGGGGACCCCCAGAAGCACAAUUUGCUAUGUGGGUGGAUGCUGUAAUCUUUGUCUUCAGCUUGGAGGAUGAGAUCAGUUUCCAGACUGUCUAUCACUACUACAGCCGGCUAGCCAACUACCGCAACACCAAUGAAAUCCCCAUGGUGCUUGUGGGGACUCAGGAUGCCAUCAGUUGCAGUAACCCUCGUGUAAUAGAUGAUUCCCGUGCACGAAAGCUUUCCAAUGACCUCAAGCGAUGCACUUAUUAUGAAACCUGCGCCACCUAUGGGCUUAAUGUGGAACGCGUCUUCCAAGAUGUCGCCCAGAAGAUUGUAGCGACUCGUAAGAAGCAGCAGCUCUCCAUUGGUCCCUGCAAGUCUCUACCGAACUCGCCCAGCCACACAUCGGUGUGCUCAGCACAAGUCUCAGCUGUACAUAUAAGCCAGACAAGUAAUGGAGGAGGCAGCCUGAGUGAUUAUUCUUCGUCGGUCCCUUCCACUCCCAGCACUAGUCAAAAAGAACUAAGAAUCGACGUACCGCCAACAGCCAGUACGCCUACUCCAGUGCGCAAACAGUCAAAACGGAGGUCUAACCUGUUCACGUCUCGAAAAGGGAGCGACCCAGACAAAGAUAAGAAAGGUCUAGAGAGCAGAGCAGACAGCAUCGGCAGCGGGCGAGCAAUACCAAUUAAACAGGGUAUGCUACUGAAACGAAGUGGAAAGUCUCUAAAUAAAGAAUGGAAGAAGAAGUAUGUAACUCUGUCUGACAAUGGCGUCCUCACCUAUCACCCCAGUUUACACGAUUACAUGCAGAAUGUCCAUGGCAAAGAGAUUGAUCUACUCAGGACCACAGUUAAGGUUCCAGGGAAGAGGCCUCCUCGAGCAACAUCAUCCUGUGCACCUAUUGCCAGUCCGAAAACAAAUGGCCUGACCAAAGAGGUCAGUGGGCUACAGAUCUCCACCAAUACAGGAAACGUUACAAGCAGCACAUCAGUUACCCAGAUGGCCAGUGGUCAGAGUGGCAUUAGCCUUGGCUCUUUCAGCCGCUUAGACGGCAUGCAUCAGCGGUCUUACUCCGUGUCCAGUGCUGAUCAGUGGAGUGAGGGAGCUGUCCUCGCAAACUCCGCCAUCAGUAGCGACACCGGCCUGGGUGACUCUGUGUGUUCGAGUCCCAGUAUUUCUAGUACCACAAGCCCCAAAUUGGAUCCACCUCCGUCCCCACAUGCAAAUCGAAAGAAACAUCGCAGGAAGAAGAGUACUAGUAAUUUCAAGGCUGAUGGGCUCUCCAGCACGGCUGAAGAACAAGAGGAAAACUUUGAGUUCAUCAUUGUGUCUCUUACUGGCCAAAGUUGGCAUUUUGAAGCUACUAGUUAUGAAGAAAGGGAUGCCUGGGUACAGGCCAUAGAGAGCCAAAUCCUUGCCAGUCUACAGUCAUGUGAAAGUAGCAAGAAUAAGUCCCGUCUCACCAGCCAAAAUGAGGCUUUAGCACUACAGUCAAUUCGCAACCUACCAGGAAACUCGCAUUGUGUGGAUUGUGAUGCACAAAAUCCCGACUGGGCCAGCCUGAACCUCGGAGCUCUGAUGUGCAUAGAAUGUUCUGGGAUUCAUCGCAACCUGGGGACUCAUCUUUCCCGCGUCCGAUCUCUGGACCUUGAUGACUGGCCGCCUGAGUUAAUAAAAGUCAUGUCUGCAAUUGGAAAUGAGCUGGCAAACAGUGUGUGGGAAGGAAGCAGUCAAGGCCAUGUGAAGCCAUGUUCAGAGAGCCCCAGGGAGGAAAAGGAACGCUGGAUUCGUGCAAAAUAUGAACAGAGACUUUUCGUCGCAACCCUGCCCUGUCGAGAUUUGCCCUUAGGGCAGCAGUUAUUGCGAAGUACAGCAGAAGAAGACUUGAGGACGGUGAUCCUACUUCUUGCACAUGGGUCCCGGGAAGAAGUGAAUGAAACCUGCGGAGAGGGAGACAGACGCACAUCUUUGCAUCUAGCCUGUCGCAAGGGAAAUGUGGUACUUGUGCAGCUGCUGAUAUGGUACGGUGUUGAUGUGAUGGCACGGGACUUCCACGGCAACACAGCUUUAGCAUACGCCAAGCAAGCUGUGACCCCAGAGGUGCGGGAUCUUCUACUGCAAUAUGGCUGCCCCGAUGAACAGUUUGUGCUCAUGGCUACACCAAACCUCUCCCGAAAAAACAAUCGCAACAACAACAGCAACACAGGAGGUGGAGGACUGAUGCCCACCUUAAUCUAAAACGAUCUUGUGAAAAGGAGACUGACUCGAGCACCGCUCGCCCCUCGCACCGCAGGGGGAGGAGCCAGGAAUGACAUGGGAGGCGUAAGGCACUGAGUGCUGAACAGGGGGGGAGAACGGACUGAGCCUUCACUAGCAUUUGGGAGGCAGGAAGAAAAAAAGCGGCGGAAGGGAGGCAGAGAGCUGUCAGUUAUGUGCACAUUUCACCUCUACCCCAGCAGAACACUUAGGCUCUGCUCUCAUCUGACAAGCACUGCUCCACAUAAAUCACACGCAGGCACUGAGUUUGUCAGGUUUGAGGCUCCAAUGAUGCUAUGUGUCAAAUCACUUGGAGCUAAUCUGUCCUCAGAGAAUGCUGGCUUCAUUACACUUGUAUAGUUGAGUUCCCUCAGCCUGUACCGCUGUUUAAUAGGACAUGAUUACUCAUCAUGUAGAAGGGAGCAUAUUAGCUGAGGAGGAAGCUCUCUCCACGCUCCGCUGAUUACAGGGAUGUGAUUGCAAUAUUCUUACAAGAAUCAUAUUAGGAGAGACAUUCUGGGCCCCAUCUUCAGACUCCUUGUCAUAAUCUUGCUGCGCUGUAAAGCGUCUGUUCCCUCUAAAUGUAUCCCCCAAAAAUAUAGGAACAAAAAAAAAAAAAUUCUGUAAAAGCUUUUGAAGGGUGCGUCUAGAACAGCUGUUUUUUUUUUUUAUUAUUUGACUUUAGAUACUUCAUGCCUUGUAAGAUCUGUUUUUUUGUAAUUUUUUUUUACAAUUACAGAAAUAAUUUAAUUUAAUUGAACAGUGUGCUGGCCACCUGAGGUGCUUCAGUUCCUAAAACACACACGUUGCACCCAUUGUUUCAGUACAUCUGGGUCACAUCGCCUAGCUGAUUUGCAAAGGACAUAAAAACAGAAACAUCAUAAGUGAAGUGGUUACAUGGUUGAGUGCAUUUAUUUUUUUUCCUUAAAGGCACUACUUAAAUGGCACUAAUUAGAAGUACUUACUGCACUAUGGAACAUGUUUUCAUUGGGGAGCUGUGUGUGCAGAGAAGCAGUGUCACGCUUUGUGAUCUAUAUUGGAUCACUAUAUUGUAUUGUAGAAUUUGAGUGUUCACAUUAUAUUUAAUAUGGAGUAACCAAUGGAUAAAAUCCAUAGAAGCCAUCCAUGUCUGUUUGGACGAACCAGUGGGAUCCCAUUCAGCCUUUCAGCUUUUCUUGAACACAACACUAAUCCCAACCUGGAACUGUAUAGAGAAGGGCCCCAUUCAAGUACAUACCCUGAGGCUGGUUGGGAGACGGGGCCACUGCAUGUAUUAUUAAUAUUUUGUGUCAAUUAUAAGAAUAUAUUAAGUAACAGAAUCGUGACCAUGUGCCAAAACAUGAGUCGUGGCAAUCUAAUGUGUCUCCAUAAUAAGGGCUCGUUCACACGAACGUGUGCUGCCCGUUGCUGUAUUCUCUUCAAUAGGUCCACAAAUCCGGAGAUAUGGAACGGAACACUAC